AUGUCGGUAGAGAGAUCAUUUGAAGUAUGGGAAGAAGUGCACCGACACGGCCUAGACUUGGCGGACCGACUGGCACAAGGUUUUACAGGCUUGAUUCAGUCCCACAUUAAUCCUCCAUCAUUUUCAUGGCCCAAUCUUCAAAACGCAAAGCUUUUUGACGUUGAAUUUCCUUCUCCGAGUUUCGUGAAAAGGGAUUUUGGACUUGCAGUCGAUAACUCUGGACUUAAUGAGGUUUCGGCCAUUUUCGACAUUGGGACUAGGAUAGGGCAAGCUGGGGUAGACUUCGGGGCUUGUGUGAAUGGAGUGGUUCAGCACUUCUUCAGGAGGUUUCCUGUACCAUUUCGGCAAGAUGAGAAUGUGGGAGUGUCAUUGCGGGCGGAGCUGAAUAGCCACACGAAUGAAGCGGGGGUCACUAUGCAGGAGGAUUUGGGAUCAUUGGCGGAGAGGUUUAGGGAUUUUGGAUAUGUGGAAAAUGACGCGGUUUCAGAUGGGUUGUCAGAGGAGGAGAUUUCUGAGUUUAAUCUGAAGACUGCUGGAUUUUUUGGUGGUUCACAGGUACAAGAGCUUCAUCAGUGCCAGCUCCAUUGUUGUCACUUGUUAUCAUCAUCAUCAUCACCUGUGUCUCCCUCCUUCCGUUCCACAGGAGGGCUAUAA